AUGAGGCCAACUGAUCUGCUCGUGCUCGCUGUCGUCCUUCUCAUCCUCUCGCCCGCUGCGCACGCUACGGUGGAGUCCACCUGCAAGGCCGUCUCCUUAUACACCGACCACGACUUCUGUGUGAAAACGUUGCAGUCGGAUCCUACAAGCGCCACCGCCGACCUGCGUGGCCACGCAGUCAUCGCCACCAACCUGUCGUCUGACAAGGCGGCGGAGGUCUUCGCCAAGAUCCAGACGCUGCUGAAGAGCUCGAAGAACAUUGAUGAGACGCUGUGCCUAUCAACGUGCAGUCAACAGUACAUCUCCCUAAUCUCCAACCUCGACAAGGCUUGGAGCGCCAUCAAGGAGAGCCGCAAGGACGACGCCUUGGACGCCUUCAGCGCCAGCUACGAUGCACCGGACACAUGCGAGAUGGGGUUCGAACACUUAAGUGUCCCGUCACUGCUCGCGGCGGAGGACAAGGAUCAGGCGCAGCUCUGCACCCUCGCCUUCGAUAUUUGUAGUUUGUUAUGA